AUAGAGAAAGGAAGCCAACCAAUGGGUUCCUAUAAUGUAGGAGGUGGAUGGAUGGAGUAAGAAACAACGUUGCCCAUUUUCUUGUUAGAUCUUCUAUUACCAUCACCUUUCUUUGUACUACCUCUUCUUUUGAGAAUCAAAUGCCCUUCUCCACAUAGGGGUCACCGUUUGGAGGAGAGGCAACGUUGGAGAGCCAUAAUUGAAUCUCACUCAUUAAUUAAGAAGAUAUAGUAAAAAAGAUGGGUUCAUCUGAUGAGAAAGAUAGUGAUUCUCCAUCUGAAUCUCCCCCAAGUUCAAACUCACCAUCAUCGGACAACAACGGUAACAACAAUUCAUCCCCUCCUCCGCCGUCGGAUUCAUCAUCUAACAACAACAAUAACAACAAUUCACCCCCUUCUCCUCCUCCUCCUUCGGAUUCUUCGUCGUCAUCUGACAAUAAUAACAACAAUUCACCCCCUCCACCGCCGUCGUCAGAUUCAUCAUCUGAUAAAUCAUCAUCACCACCACCACCACCUCAAUCAUCAAGCAACAACAAUGGCGAUAACAGUAACGGCAACAAUGAUAAAAAUGGUGACAACAACAAUAAUAAUAAUAAUAACAACAAUAACAAUAACAAUAACAACAAUAACAACUCGCCACCACCUCCUUCGUCAUCGAAAAACAAGUCCCCAAAUUCUCCACCAUCACCACCUCCACCACCACCGCCGCCGCCACCUCCAGGUUCAUCGAAAGGGUCGCGAUCUUCAUCAUCCUCACAUACUCCUCCAUCACUAAGUGAUGAUGGUUCUUCGUCUUCACCAUCUCCGACAUCUUCUAAUAAUAAUGUUCCUCUUAUAGUUGGACUUGUGGUUGGCAUUGGGGUGCUAUUGUUACUAUUGAUAAUCAUAAUGGUGGUUUGCACUAGGAAAAGAAAAAACAAGCGUUAUGACACCAUGCAAUAUUAUGGAGGCCCUACUAAACAAGGCCAACAACAACAAUACAACGGCCAAGAACAAUACAGCAGCCAACAUCCCCCAUGGCACCAAAGCCCUGGUCAGCACUCAGAAAUGAACUACACCGGCCCAACGGGUAUGUCCUCGGCCCAAUGGGCCCCAUCACCAAUGCCACCCCCGCCUAUGAUGAGCACCGAUGUAAGUAGCGCAAACUACUCAUCAGGCCCGACGGGUCCUGCCUUACCACCACCUCACCCAUCGGUGGCCCUUGGGUUUAGUAAGAGCACCUUCACGUACGAUGAGCUCGCGGCCGCAACGAAUGGUUUCUCUAAAGAAAGAUUGUUGGGUCAAGGAGGGUUUGGUUAUGUCCACAAAGGGGUGCUACCUAAUGGCAAGGACAUAGCCGUGAAAAGCCUUAAGUCGGGAAGUGGUCAAGGAGAAAGAGAGUUUCAAGCUGAAGUUGAGAUUAUUAGUAGGGUGCACCAUCGACAUCUUGUGUCCCUUGUAGGUUAUUGUAUUGCUGGAGGUCAAAGGAUGCUUGUUUAUGAGUUUGUUCCUAACAACACCCUUGAGUUUCAUCUUCAUGGGAAAGGUCGACCAGUGAUGGAUUUCAAUACGAGAAUGAAAAUUGCACUUGGAUCCGCUAAGGGACUUGCUUACCUUCAUGAAGAUUGUCAUCCUAGGAUUAUACACAGGGACAUUAAAACAGCAAACAUCUUGAUUGACAAUAGCUUUGAGGCCAAGGUGGCUGAUUUUGGCUUAGCUAAGCUUUCGUCCGACACGUUCACUCAUGUAUCGACACGUGUCAUGGGAACAUUUGGGUACUUGGCACCAGAAUAUGCAUCAAGUGGAAAAUUGAGUGAGAAAUCUGACGUGUUCUCAUUUGGUGUCAUGCUAUUGGAACUAGUCACGGGCCGUCGCCCUAUCGACCCAUCAUCCGAAGAAGAGGAUAGCUUGGUAGAUUGGGCAAGACCACAUAUUGCACGGGCAAUGGAUGAAGGAAAUUUCAGUGGAUUUGUGGAUCCACGUUUAGAGGGCGAAUUUGAUUCGGAAGAGAUGAUGCGUUUGAUUGCGUGUGCUGGUGCAUCCAUCAGACAUUCUGCUAAAAGGAGGGCUAAAAUGAGUCAGAUUGUGAGAGCAUUAGAGGGUGACGUAUCAUUGGAUGCCUUGAACGAAGGACCAAAGACUAGAAAUGGUGGCGGACUAGUUAGCUCAAGUGGUGGUAGCUCGGACUACGACACCGUUUCAUACAACAAUGACAUGAAGAAGUUUAGAAGAACAGCACUUAACAGCACAGAUUAUCCAAGUAGUGAGUAUGGUGCAACUAACGAGUAUGGACAUACCUCUAGUUCAAGUGCAGAGAUGUCAGGACCGAAAAGGACUAGCCCAUUGCCUAGCCAUUUUGUCUAAAAGAGACGAUACAUACACAUAUACAUAUCGUGCUAAUUGAUGACCCUCCGUCAGUGUUAAUUACACUGUAAUUAACCUAGUUUGAAACAAUUGCGUGAUUUAGGUGUCUACAAAUUUUUAUUUUGGUCUUUAUUUUCUCAAUCACGUUUGUUAUUAAUUCAUCGACAAAGAGAUUUAUUAUUAGUUUGAAGUUUUGUGUUGCGCAUUAUGUAAACAUGCAAGCGAUGGUUACAACUGGUGAAUGAAACACAGAAUGUGGAUUUUUUUUUCAA